UCACAUUCUCCUUCCCUACUGACCCUACGCUGCUUCCAGUCAAUCAGAAUGUCUUCCACUUGCUCCGAAUCUUCAGAGUCGCCGGACGGCUUCUUAGGAUAUCGAUACCCUCGUAUAAGCAGCCGAUCCACAUUCGUACUCUCCACGCUCUUGCCAGCAUUGAUUCAGCGCAGGCUCUCGAAGCUACGCCAUUUCCGACCAACAUUCGUGCAAGAUGAGACGUUGAGUCAACACAGUCAUUUAGCAGGCUACCUUGAGGAAGACUCCGAAGGCAGUGUAACACCACCACCAUCCUACGCGACCGACGACAACAGAGACUUAAGCUGUCAAAGUCAGCCAGCUGUGCUGCGGUGGGUACAGGAGACAAGAAUGCCAGGAAGAGUGCCGAGUCGGCCAACGUCUUCUGGAAGUAACACGCCGACCGGCAUGGAAGAGCCUCUGCAAGAUACCGAGCGAGGAUCCAGCAGUGGCGUGCAAUGGAAAUAUGCGAAUCCAGGACUUGCGUCAAUUAAGCUUGCACAGUCUGAGGACGCUGCAGCUGGCUCGAGCUCCAUGUUUCCCCGCAAGCAGUAUAUCUCCGGUGUAGCCUGUCUACUGCAUGGUUUGCCGCAGGAGCUCAGUAAGGACGAGUUACAAAACCUUCGCGAAGCACUACCGCAAUCACUCAAGGCAGACGCCACCACAGAUGGCCAGCUUGCAGUCCGAUCGAAAGGGGACAACAACAAUGUUCCUGGGCGGCCAUUAGCACAACGGUCGACGCUCCAAAACUGGGUUGCAAUGUUCACGUUGUACAUGUUCCUCGUUGCUUCAUUCAUUCUUCCCUACGUGCGGUUCUUGCUCCGAGAAGCAUACCAAUUUGAUCGAAAACACAAGAUUAGCGAUAAGCUUCUGUCGCACGGCAUCGACACAGCCGCUGCAAUGAGACGACACACGCUUACCAUUGCGACACAAGUCUGUUCGAUGAAUGAUGGCAAGGUCGGAGAACAGCUCAAAGAUGUCAGUAUGUAUAUGGUACAAGGCGUUAGUGCUGGUGUCUACGAUGGGAUUGGAGAGGGAAUGCAAGUCCUCGGCCUAAGAGCAAACAAGAGGGAGUGAGAACAAGUCCAUGCGAGGGGGAUUUGUUGGAUACCUGACGAUGGCAAGACACAACCCGAUUUUCGUCUUUCACCUCAGCAUUGCAUAUGGGUUUUCAGGCGUUCCAUGGCGACAGCAUCCGAUGCGGCAGUACUCUCCGGACUUGAGCCACGCAUUCGAACUCGAUACGAGGACGACACCGGCACGAUUUUCCGAUUGCAUUUGAGUGCGGUUGCAUGAGUUUUAUGACGAACAUGAUGAUAUGCUUUGUACAGCGAAUUGUUAGCGUUUUGAGCGAGCGAGCUGUUGCAAUGACGUUUGACUGGACCCCGCAGGCAACCUCUG